UCUCGCCGUCGCAACACACGCUCGCACCCGCCGCUCGCCUGCGCACGAUCAGCUGUCCGCGACACUCCCGACCGUGCAGCGAGUCAUAGCCGCAGUGCGGUGGACAUGGAGCUGCUGUGCGCGGAGCGCGUGAGCCCCGGCAGCGAGGCCGCCGCGGGCGGGGGCCCCCGCGCCGCGCUGCCCGACCCCGUGCUGCUGCGCCGCCGCGUGCUGGACAACCUGCUGCGCACCGAGGAGCGCUACGCCGUCACCGCCAACUACUUCGGCACGGUGCAGACCGAGAUCAGCCCCCACAUGCGCCGCCUGGUCGCCGAGUGGAUGCUAGAGGUAUGCGAGGACCACAAUUGCCAGGAGGAGGUGUUCCCGCUGGCGAUAUCGUACCUGGACCGGUUCCUGAGCGUGUGCGCCGUGGGCAAGAGCCAGGUGCAGCUGCUGGGCACGGCCUGCCUGCUGCUGGCCUCCAAGCUGCGGGAGCCCAGCUCGCGCUGCCUGCCCGCGGAACUCCUCAUCUUCUACACAGCCAACAGCAUCACACUCGCUGAUCUUUGCAGUUGGGAGUUAUUGGUGUUAUCAAAACUGAAGUGGGACGUAGCGGGGGUGACUGCUCAUGACUUCCUGCCUCUGCUGCUGUCGAGGCUGCCGCUCCGGGGGCUGGUCAACACCGAGAUGGUGCAGCGCCACGCGCAGACCUUCAUUGCACUUGCUGCCAGAGAUUACCAGUUCACGCUGUACUCGGCCAGCACCCUGGCGGCCUGCAGCAUCGCGGCGGCGCUACGCGGGCUCGCGCUCGACGGCCACCUGGCGCGACUGCAAGAGCUCACGCGCAUUGAUCUGGACUGCCUCCAGACGUGCCUUGAACAAAUUGAAGAAAUGGUCGACAAUAUGAUCGAGGAGCGGGCUAUCGCAGUCCCAAACGGCCAGAGCAGGGAGGCGGCGGGCUGGACGCCGCCUCCCAGCCAGGACAAGGCCCACAGUAACGCCGCCACCCCCACCGACGUCCGAGACGUGCACUUCUGAGCGGCCGGUGCUGUGCUGACUCCAGUGUCCGAUGGAACUAUUGCUUUAAUAACGGUGCGUUAGUACGAAAAUACUUUAAACUAAGAACGUUUAUCUAGAAGGUGCAACCGUGAUCAAGGACUGAUACCAAGACUGACAAUGGCAUGUGUUUAACAUAGGUACCUACCUACUACUUACUGUAUGUUGUAUAGUUUUGUAAGUGCGAACUAUGAAUUAAUGUAAGCCCUGAGUGCUACGCGCAAGGCCUCAAUGUACGAAAUGGCUUUCAGAUCAUACUUCUCGUACAUUAUGCUUCCAAUUCUAAUAAAGCGUUAGAACACAACACUUACUUUGAGGCAUUUGCACUGAACGAGUUAACUUGAAUACAUCUUUCAGGAUAUAACAUAGUUUAAUGUUUCUUUGAAUUGCAAUCUACCUCUUAAUUUUAUAAGACAUCUGUUUCAGACUUACUUGGCACUGACAAUUUUAAAUAAAUAACAUUUUGCCAAUUAAAUACAUAGCUGUUACACAUAGUCAUAACCUACCUAAAACUUAUCGAAUGGGACCAAAGUUAGCUCUUCACAGUAUCUUGAUUUGAAUGAUGAACUGAUUAACUUCAGAUACUUGUCAUUAUUUAUAAAUAUUUAGUAAGUAUAAAAAACUAUCAUAGUAGUAGUGUAUUAAUAUCAUGUUAAUUGAAUUCCUAAUAAUUAUAUGUUAAGUAUGUUUAAGAUCAUAAUGGAUUCACACAGUAUAGUAUAGUUCAAAGUUUCAAAACAAUUGUACAAUCCAAAAAAGUUCUAAUUUGCUUUUCGAGAGCUUGCAUAAAUUGUUACAAAUGAUCAAUAUUGCUUAUGGAAAACAUCACUUCUAUCAGAUUCCAUUUAUUUCGGGGGAAGGCAAUAAAUUACGCUUCUAAUAUUGUAAAAACUAAUAUUAUGUUCAUUUGUUAUAUAUUUAUGAUAUAUUAUUACAGAGUCAGCUAUAAACACAUACAUUCGCAUAAACUACAUAACUCUUCAAGUGUAUGUCUAUCCCUCUGUAAAUCACGAAUAGAAUAAAGUAGACAAAGGGCUGUAUAUUUUUCAUAUAAAAUAAUCUCUUAAUUUGUAAUUAAGGGAUUUAAAUAUAUCUUUGUUCCUGUUUGAUGAAAAUACCAACAGUUAUUAGAUUAACUUUUUAUGUGAUAGAUUUAUUAGAAAGUUAUCGAACUUCAUAUCAUAGUCACUUCCAGUCAUAAUAUGUUAAAGUAUAGGGGUUACUAUGUAAAGUUUUUUAAGAAUUACCUAAUUAGUAAGAAAAACAUAAAUGUGAUUUAGGAAUCAUUGGUAAGAUGUAGCAUAGCGCUUAGUCAUAUAAAAUCAGAUAUUAUUGUUCCUAUCAAAGCUAAUGUUUGGAAAUAUCAUACGCAAUAGUUAUGUUUCAUUACUUUGUAUGUACUUAAUAAAUAUGUAAUCACGACAAUUAGUUAAAUAUUCAAUUUCAUUAUUGCUAUUUAAAUUGUGAUAUAAUAUGUAUAUGCAUCAGGUUUAGACGUUUAUUAUUUUGUAAGUACGGGUGACGCAGGUACACAUACAUGCCUACCGCGUUGUUGUAGAAGAAACUAAAGGUUCGUUUGCUGUCUACACCGCCGUUAGAUACUAACUAUUUGUAAUCGUUAAGUUAACAAGGAAUCACUCCUAUGUCUUCCAUUAGUUUACCGAGAAGUCGGGUGGGCUUGACGCUUCGCUUUGCUCCCGAUUUCUCCAAGAGAUAACUACUGCGAUCUGCAAUAAUGUAGAUACACUAAUGUGUAGAAUUAUAUGUACAUAUUAUUCAGUAAAAGUGCUCUAAGCAUGUGGUGCCAUAACACUACUACUAUAGUAUUUUGUAAAACACUAGCAAUAAAAGAUAUCGAAGGUAAUCUACAUUGAUUUUCCUCCGAAAACAAAUAUAUUCUACAAUAACAAAGUUAUACAUUAUGAUAUAAGAUACAUUAUUGUUUUGGUUGUGGACUAAACCGAUGCCUGAAGAAGUUGGGUAUUCAAAUUUUUUGACAUUAAAAAUAGACUUAGGUUGUAUGUAAAAUUAUGUGGGAAAAUAUACGCAUUACAAAGUUAGUCUUAUUAAUUAAUGCUUCUUAUUAUUUGGCUUUGGACUGGCUUUUUAUAUAGUGUAUUAAGAAAUUUAAGUACUUUUGUUAUGAGGUAGUUUUAUGUUUAUGGAAAUACAUAAUUUCCCGCAAUGUACAUAGUUAGAGCAAUUUUGCUCAAAAUAAAAGUGAUCUUUGCUAUUCAUUUCCCUGUACUAAGUAUAUAAAUAUUAUAAAAUGGAUAGAAGCACGAUUCUAAAUAUGUUAUGACAGGCAGAUAUGCAAAGUUUGAUUUUAUAUGUGAUUAUUAGAUAGAUAAAUUAAGUUGUCUUUGGAUUGCUUGAAGGUAGAGACGUUGAGAUGUAAAUAAAUUCGUAAAUACCUACUUAAAAGAAACAAUAAAAAUUUUCAAAAUUUA